AGUGGGAGCGCGCGAGCGAGCUGCGUACUCGCCGAGGGCAUCCACUAACCCUCUUUAUUUACCCUGUCCUACCAAUUGCUCGUUUAUCGAGCGAUCGACGCUCGUCGAAUGUCCAGAAGCUUCCUUCGAUCGCACGCGCGUUUCGUUUAAAAUUUCCUGCACGCCGAAAUCCUUGGCCUUCAUCGGAAUCUUCAUUAGCAUACGUUCACGGCAUCGAUUUCACUCCACGAAUCCAGUCGAACAAUUGUUUCUCCGUUUAUUAUUCUUCCAACAAAUAAGAAUUCUCGAAGAAAGCGGUUCCGUGUAUCUUGAUGAGGAAGAUGUUCCUAAUUAGGUUGAAUGCGAUAGACUUUCUUACGUGCAUUAUUGGUGCUUCCCAUUAUUAUGACGCACGUAAACACUCGUAGGCGUUAUGCCAGAGGUGUGUCACAGAAAUCCGCAAAGAGCUAUCUACUCCGACUGGAGAGGCUAAUUUAAAGUCCUUGAAAAUGACAGACUUCGUGAUUCCUCGUUGAAGAUCCACUUAUUAAAACCUGUCCUGUUCCAUCAUCCUGCUACAAAGUGGAAAUGGGUCCCCCAAGUUGCAUCUGGCUCUUCUAUCUGCGUUACUAAUUUGCGGCAAUCAGAGGGGCACGGGGACUCGGUGCCGCACGGUAUAUUACGAUCAAUUCAACUGUUCUGCGAGCGUGUCACGAAGCUCGUGUCGUUGCGAAAUAGUGCGUCGUUCGGCUUAGCGUAACCACAGCCGGUGUAUCUUUUUCCGAGUCUUGCCAUUCAAAUUUAUUCGACCGAUCGAAAUUCGAACGUUUCGCGCACACGUUCGUUGUGCUCAAAUAUUGCUCAAUAUUGUCUGCAAAGGCUGCUAAAGAGUUAAUCUCGGGGUCGUCGGGCUAUCAUCGUGUGGUUUUUUUUUUCUCGUGCAAGUUAACUUUGGCAACGCGAAAGUCGAAGGUCUGUUCGCGUACGCGUGAACCUCGAAACGAACGUCAAGAUUCGAUACACGAAAAAAAAGAGGAGGAGGAGGAGAAUAAAACGGCGAUAGUCAAGAGCGACCGAGAAGCGUACGAGGCCGAGGAAUAGUAUUAAACGCUCGACGAAGUCUUUAUCCCUGGACGCGUCAAUAGCGGUCAAUAUGUCGAAAGUGUCGGGAAUAAUGAAGACAGACGACGUCGUUGGGAAACCGACUCUUGUACGACGCGUUUCCAACAUGCUGAAAGAUGGAAGUUAUAGCGGACCACCGAUGCUGUUUCGUCAUGCUUCUAUGCAGAGGAUUCGCCAUUGCUGCCAAAAUCUCAACCUCUUCCCGUAUCUGCUUUACUCGUUCGACAAUUCGAAGUCUCACCCGGUAGCUCGUAAGGUGCAUCUCUGCCUGGGUCAGCUGCUCGAAGUGCUCACAGCGAGGAUCUUCUUCCUCUACAAGAGCUUUCGACGCUCUCUGCUGCGCGGUAUUUGCUCGGAGGACUCGAAAAUCGAGGAGCAACAACCGGCCAAACCUGCCGAGGACGCGUCUAAAUUGACGAGCGAGUUUCAAACGAUCAACCGACCGAAACGCAAACAACAGAGUCCGUUGUUCCUCAGUUUGGCUGUUUAUUUGGCCGUGCUCUUUCUCGCCUUUCAAAUGGUCGGCGUAUUUAGCCUGAUGGUGAGCGGCAAGUACACGCCCGGUUUCAUAUUCCUCAUCUCGGCCUUGCUGUUUCUCGGCUGCAUCUCGCUCAAGAUUCUCUUCCACGAGAGCGUCACGCACAGUGUCAAGCCGAAGAGGAAGAACAAAGUCCACUGAUCCCUUAUUUUCUUUCCGAUCAUCGACGGUAGAUAAUAGACCUAAGAGUAUUUGAGCAGAGUUCUUGGCUAUUCGCUACAGUUUCUCCCGCUACAUCCGAAUACUUAAAUGAUAACACCAGACAGAGCUUAUCGGUUGGCGAAAGCCAGCUGACACUGGCGCCACACGAGCGUUUAAAACGAUGUUCGUUCUAAGGAUAUUUUAUAGCGAGUUUACAGGAACUAGCUUUCCUUUGGACAAGGAUAAGGGUACUAUAAUUUUGUAGAAAUCUAAGAAAGUACUUGAGACUCUGAGAAAAACUGACAGUGAACUCCAGGGAAACCCUAAGAUAGAUCGAUACGAGAGGAUCGUUUGUCUUGAAAGAAUUCAAGGAGAGCCUAACUUAGAAUCUGAGGAGAAUCUAACCUCCUAGUAUCGUCCACAAAGAACGUUCCUUUCCAAUUGGGGACUAUAAUGACUACGGACAUCGUUUGGAAUGCUCGUGUGGCUCUAGCCUAAGUCGCUUGUUCAUGUUCGUACACUUUAAUACCAUCCUGUUUUUUUAGAUAGCUUCGUAGUUCAUAUAGGAAGUCGGAAUUCGACUCAUUCACGCGUCGCCAAUUUCACACGAUAGUUUUUUGUACUUUAGUCGAACAUAAAUGGACGUAAAGCAAUCGCGUGCGUGAUCGUUGUGGCAACGUUUAGAGGAUAGGAGACGAUAACGUUAGCCGGCAUUAUAAUAAUCCUUCCUUUGCAUUAUCUUCCUUUUACUUUUUUCGUCAACGUGAUUCCGUGAAUUACUAACUUUUUAAUUUAGUAAUCGAAACUGUAUAACGUUACUACAAUUUGACAGCGUAUCGAUUCUUGGAAUUGAUGGUGGCGUGCUAAGUCAUCGAGUCAAAAGCGGAAAUCGUUUUUAAAAGAUAUUACGGAGUUGAUUCCAACGAGAAGAAGCGAAACGAAGGUCCUUUCUGUCACUAUCAAUGUCAAGAUACGAUAUAUUUAAAAAAGUUACCUGGACAGCGAUCCGCGAUUUUAUCUUAUCCUCUGCAGCAGAAGACUGAGAAUCGUUUUAACUUUGUUGUAUAUAAAACAAACGAUAUAAAAGAUAGAAUGCGCGAGGAGAGAAAGAGAGAGAGAAAGAGAGAGCGCGAGAGAGAGAAACAAAUAUAUAUAUAUACACACAUACAUUAUGUAUACAAGAGCGAAAAGAAACGUCUAUUCUAUAUCAUAUAGGUUAUUAUUCUCAUUAGUAAUCUUUGAGAAGACUUGGUGUGUCCACUGAACGAGUUAGGCUAAUCUGUGAUGAAGUGGAUCCAAGUGCAAUUUUUCACAGUCACUUGCUGUCCCACUUACUUAAGUACGAUAAGGAACCAUGUGUAACUUCGAUCUGUUUUUUUUUAAAUAUACGUUACUUACAUAA